UGGCACAGCGGUCAUCAUUAACGCGUAGGUCUUUACGUCGAAAUUAACCUGUAAGCAAUUUUCCCAUUUUUUCGCGAAUAGGUAAACAACCGGUCAUCGUCACGACGAAAAAUCGGAAAUUCAACCUCAAGAUCCGUUUGCUAGAAUCGUGACUUAUUAUAGAAUGAACCAUUUCAAAGUGAUAUUCUUCGGAAUUUCCGCGAAUAAAUCGGAUUAUUUGUAUAAAUGAUUUAAUCUAAUAUAUUUUGAUGUGCUAAUGCCGUCGAAGAUCAAAGUGCGCGGUUAAUACGGUGGCGUAUGUUCUCUAGAAUAAACUAGUAGCGUUUUGUGUAAAAUGGUGUGCAGAUUUAUAAUUUUUCUAAGUGUGAUACUGACGACUAGUGCUAGCGUGGUUCUGUUGUUUCCCAAGGGGUUUAGCAUAAGUGUUGAGGAUGAAAAGAGGAGUAAACAUCUUAACUUUCACGUGAACAUAACGAGAAAUGAUGGUAAUUUAUUAGUGGGCACUUACACCAAGAAUGUGAACCAGUUCUUUGGCACUCAGUUUACUUUCGCGAGAAGGAACGUUGCGUUAAAUGUGGGCGAUUCGAUUUCUUACAGGGUUGUGUCUAAUACAAAUGGCUCCACUCAAGUAAUUAAGGAUGAAGUUUGCUAUGUCAAAGAAUUGCCGACGAUGGGCAUGCUGAGAAAGCACGGUUGGAUGUUCAGUUACGACCUUACCUUAUCAGAAGAAGACUGUGGCAGAAUGAGCGACACUGGACCUGUAGUUACAGCGCAACGAAUCGAUGUUCCAGAUGAAGACAUCGCAGCCAAAUUGAACAACUGUCAGCAGGCGGUUUUCAACGCAAGUCUAUCAAUCCUGGCACUUCAAUUUGAAGUGGAAGAACUCAGAAACUUGACCCAAGAAAUAAAAGACUUUGAAGAGACUUACCCCUUAGCGAAACAGCUCACCCUCUCCGGCAGAAUUCCACCAGAUGGCGACGCAGUUGAAACUGUCCGGUUUAUGCUCUACGAAAAAUUAAAUCUUAGUCCCGCGAUUGUGUCGGCCUUCAGAGAAUCGCCGUACAACAUCAGAUUUACCGUCUCGACAGUUCUUGAGAAGUUUCGAGUUUUAGAAACGGCAAAAUUUCUAUUGCAGGGCACGAGAAUCCAAAUAUCCUAAUAAAUUCGUUUUUCAAAGAGAGAGUAAUUAUUCCUGCGAGUGAAAGGGUGACGGGAUAAUGUUGUUGUACCUCCCCAGUUUAAAAACUAAUUUAGCGUAGAAGCUGACAGUGACAACCUUUGAUGAAUAAAUAAUAAGAAAUUUG